AUGUCGCCAAACCGCCGUCGUUCCUCUCCAGCCGCUGCGACAAACACCGACAAAAUGGCGUCCGCACCGUCACCCACAACCUCCUCAGGUGGAUCUAGCGCCACCUACGCCGAGCAAGCGCGCAUGCGUCACGGAGCCGCGUGCCCGCCCACAGAGCCUACACAAGAAAACCAAGGUGAACAUUUGACAAACAUCCCCAAGGAAUCCCAAGUGGGAUGGAGUGAGAAGAAUGCAAAACAAAGGCCCUCAGGUCCUUCCAGUAGCUCAUGGACAGACUCUGAAAUCAGGGUCUUCCUGCUGGAGUGGGAAGGAGUUGAACAGCAAGUUGGCCACCCAGGCAAGAAGGUGCACAAGAAGACCAGGGCUCUGUGCCAGCGCCUCUCUCAGUGGGGCCUGAAGAAGAGCUGGACCAGUUGCUUCUACUUGCUGCUGAGCCUGCAGGAUCUGCACAGGAUUCUUUGUACUGAGAGACCAAGGGUGGAGCCCUUGUUUUCUCCCUAUAAGGAGGCCCUGUACAGAAUCCUGGGCCCCCGUGUGCAGGAAAGCCCUGUCCCAGGUCCUCUCUGUGAUGGGUCUGGUGACCCCCAUCUCUCCAUGUAUUGUCAACCUCCCUGGAACCAGCCUUGGGACCAUGGUGUCCCUGUUCCUAGUGCAGAGCUUCAAGGGAACCCAGUGCCCAUGAUGUCCCAGGAGGAUUCCCUGUUUUCCAGAUGGAAGCCCUGGAACCCCGACUACCGUCUUCCAGCUCCACACCUGCAUCCUGCCUCUGUGCCAGGAGAGUCAAGCUUCCAGCAGCCCUGGUCCACUGCAGAAUAA